AUGCUUUUAUUAGUCUAAUCUUAAUAAUAUAGCAUAACAGCAUGCACUUGUUAAGAUUUGCUAUCAGAAAUCGAUUGCAUAAAUAAUAUCACAACUAAAUGUUCUUGGGACGGAAAAAAUAGCAAAUGCAAAAUUUUUACUACAACCGAUAAGCCAAUCAAGAAAUAUAUUUAAUAUUGUGAUUCUUAUAAUGAGAAAGAUUGUCCUUAAAAAUUAGGUUGUGCUUGGUUGUCUAACAAAUGUAUACUUUUUACAGGUUGUACAGCCUAUGCUAAGAAAGAUAAUUCUGAAUGUUAAGCAAUAAAUAGAAGAUGUCUAUCUGAUGGAACUCAUUGUGUUGAGAUUGAUGAUUGCAAAAUUUAUAAAAAAUAGCUCUCUUGUGUCAAAAAUGCUGAAGGAAGCUUAUGCUAUUGGGAUACAACAAACAAUAUAUGUGUUGAUGUAAUUACUUGCUAUUAAUUACCAUCAACAUUUUAAACAGAUAGAGAUUGCAGAGAUGCUAUUUCUAUUUGUACCGUAAUUCCCUAUGGUGGAUGUAUUGAGAGUGGAAAUGAAUGCAGUGAUUAAAAAUUAGAAAUUCAAUGUUUUUGGAAUAAAUUACAAACUACUGCUUGCUAUUGGGAUGGUAUUGUGUGCAAAGAUAGAAUUUGUGAGAAUGCACCACCUAGUUUUACAACUGAUGAUGCUUGUAUUAAAUUUAGAACUGAUGGAACCUGCACAACAAAAGCAAAUGGAGGAUGCGUGACGAGAACUACAUGUGCUGGUGCAAAAAUUGAAGAAUCAUGCAUCAAAAAUAGUUCAGGUGAUGAUUGUUAUUGGACAGGAACUACUUGUGUCGAUAAGACAUGUGCAAAUGCUCCAACUACCAUGAAAACAAAUUCAGCAUGUGCAAAAUUUGUUAAAGGGUGUAUUACAAAAUCAGGUGGUGGUUGUGUUUCCAAUGGAGCAUGUUCUGUUGCGAAAAUUCAAGAAGCUUGUGUUAGAAAUUCAAGCAAUUUUGAUUGCAUUUGGGAUAUAACUUGUAAAGAAAAAACAUGUGACAAUGCUCCAAUAAUAAUUACAACAAAUGAGGAAUGUGAAGCUUAUCUAAAUGGACAUAAUUGCAUAACAAAAAUAGGAGGUGGAUGUGUUAAAUAUACGACAUGUGCUUCAAUAACCUUAGGAGCUGCUUGUGUUAUUGAAUAAUCUUGUUUCUGGGAUACUUAAAAUUCAAGUUGUAAAGAUAAAACAUGCUUGAAUGCUCCAACAACUAACAUUUCUCAUGAGCUAUGUUAAGCCUUCUUAAAUACAUGUACAGUAAAUUCAAUAUAUGCAGGAUGUGUUGAAAAAACCUGUGAAAAUUAAAUGAUAUAGUUUAAUUGUGAUAAAGAUGCAAACAAUAAGUUAUGUGUUUGGAAAGGAAAAUGUUAUAAAAAAUAAUGUGUGUUAGCGCCAUCUUUUAUAACAACCCAUGCUGACUGUUAAGCUUAUCAUUACUCUUGUACUUUAAACAAUUCAGGUACUGGGUGUGUUCCACUCCCACUUAAAUGCGAAGCUAUCACUAUUGAAGCAGCUUGUUAAAUGAAAUCUAAUAAGAAACCAUGCGGAUGGAAUGGAUCUUAAUGUAUUGAUAAAGGUUGUUCAACUGCAUCAAAGACAUUCACAACUACUACAUAAUGCAAUGAAUACUUAAUGAUUUGUGUUGCUAAUAAUCCUAUAAUUAUUAAUGGAGUUUCAAAAAUUGAAGGAUGUUAAGAUUUACCAAAAUCUUGUACAUUUAGAAAAUCUGUUGAAAAUUGUGAAAUUUCAAGAUUUGGAUACCCAACCUGUCUGUGGGUCUCAUUCACUGAAUAGUGUGUUGAAAAAUCUUGUGCAACAGCUAGUAAUUUGGAAACAGCUGGAGCACUAUAAGGAGAAUUUACUUUUUCUGGUUGCCAAGCCUAUCUAAAUACUUGUAUUUCAAAUAAUUCUGCUGAUGGAUGUAUAGUUAAGCCAUCUAGUUGUUCAUCAUUAGUUUAAUCUAAUUGUUAUAUUGGAUCUAAAGUAGGUGGAGAUUGUUAUUGGAAUGGCAAUAGUUGUGUUGAUAGAAUUUGUUCAAAUAUUAUCCAAACCACACAUGCUAAUUGUAAUGCUGUAUAUUAUCCAUGCACAGUUAAUAAUUUAGGAACUGCUUGUUAAUCACUAGCAACUAACUGUACAUCUUAUUUAAGCUAAGAAAAUUGUAAAAUAACAGAAAAAUAUGAAUAUUGUAUUUGGACUGGAUUCUCUUGCAGAAAUGCCACUUGUGCUGAUGCUCCAGAUUCUUCAUCAUAUGAUAGUGAUUCAGAAUGCUUUACUUACCCGACACCAAGUGAAAAAUGUACAGUCAUCUACAAAGUUGGAGGUUAAGGAUGUGUAAAAAAAUAGGCAAAUUGUUCAGAUUAUAAGACAUAAACCUAGUGCCAUAAAACUAUCACAAAUUUAACAGUUGAUGAUGAUUGUAAAUGGGUUAUUGAUAAAUGUUAUGAAUUAUCCAUUUUCACUUUUGGAACAUGCAGAUAAUUCAAGGGCACUUAGAGAAUGUGUCAAGAAUAUAAAGAUGGAUGUACAAAUAUAUCUAGUGCAGAAUCUUCAGUUACUUGUACCUUAGAUUGUAAUUUAAAAAGAGGAUCAGGUUUAACAUUUGCAGAUUGUUAAGCAUUAGAUUAUACAUGUUCAGUCAAAAAAGAUGGCUCUGGUUGUAUUUAUAUAUAAUCUACUUGUUUUGGAUAUGAAUCAUCAAUAAUAAAUUGUUUUAGAUCUAGUGCAAGUGGAAAUGCAGGAUAUUGUGUUAUGAAUGAUUUUUCAUAAUGUCAAUCUGUGAAUUAGGCCUCAGAAUGUAGAUAUGUAACUGGAUUAAUUGAUAUGGAUCAUCGUAAAUGUUAAUUAUAUCACUUUGAUUGUACAGCUUUAAAUGAUGGAACUGGAUGUUAGGAGUAUAAGAGAGCUUGCUCCGAUUAUGAAACUGCAAACAAUUGUUCUAUUUCUGCAUAAGGCAAAUGUUUCUUUGAUGGUAUCUAUUGUGUACGUUUUUCAAAUUGUGCUUCAAUUAUUGGAAUAGGAUUAAAUAAUAUUAUUUGUUCAACUUAUCACCCAGGUUGUACUGCAAAUGCUAAUGGAACAGCUUGUUAAGAAAAAAUGCCUGUUUGUGAUCUAUAUUUUAUGCAAAAUUCCUGUACUAUAUCAUAAGCUGUAGCAACAGCAGAUAAAUGUGUUUGGACUGGAACUUAAUGUAUUACAAUAACUAAUGUUGCUACUGAUUGUACUUAUGUUACUGGAUAUGAACUUACAGAUCCAAUAUGCGCCUCAUAUCACCCUGAUUGUACAGCAAAUAGAUAAGGAACAGCAUGCCAAGAGAGGCUAACCACUUGCGAAUAAUACAUAACAUAAUUUAAUUGUUCAACAUCAACAUUUUAUAAAUGUGUUUGGACAGGAAAUUAAUGUAUUCAUGUCACUAAUGUUGCUACAGAUUGUGCAUAUAUUACUGGAUCUAAACUUACAGAUCCAAUAUGCGCCUCAUAUCACCCUGAUUGUACAGCAAAUAGAUAAAGAACAGCAUGCCAAGANUUUUGCAUCAUCCUUUAUAAAAACUCAUGCUGAUUGUUAAGCUUAUCAUUCCUCUUGUACUUUAAGUAAUUCAGGUACUGGGUGUGUUCCACUCCCACUUAAAUGCGAAGCUAUCACUAUUGAAGCAGCUUGUUAAAUGAAAUCUAAUAAGAAACCAUGCGGAUGGAAUGGAUCUUAAUGUAUUGAUAAAGGUUGUUCAACUGCAUCAAAGACAUUCACAACUACUACAUAAUGCAAUGAAUACUUAAUGAUUUGUGUUGCUAAUAAUCCUAUAAUUAUUAAUGGAGUUUCAAAAAUUGAAGGAUGUUAAGAUUUACCAAAAUCUUGUACAUUUAGAAAAUCUGUUGAAAAUUGUGAAAUUUCAAGAUUUGGAUACCCAACCUGUCUGUGGGUCUCAUUCACUGAAUAGUGUGUUGAAAAAUCUUGUGCAACAGCUAGUAAUUUGGAAACAGCUGGAGCACUAUAAGGAGAAUUUACUUUUUCUGGUUGCCAAGCCUAUCUAAAUACUUGUAUUUCAAAUAAUUCUGCUGAUGGAUGUAUAGUUAAGCCAUCUAGUUGUUCAUCAUUAGUUUAAUCUAAUUGUUAUAUUGGAUCUAAAGUAGGUGGAGAUUGUUAUUGGAAUGGCAAUAGUUGUGUUGAUAGAAUUUGUUCAAAUAUUAUCCAAACCACACAUGCUAAUUGUAAUGCUGUAUAUUAUCCAUGCACAGUUAAUAAUUUAGGAACUGCUUGUUAAUCACUAGCAACUAACUGUACAUCUUAUUUAAGCUAAGAAAAUUGUAAAAUAACAGAAAAAUAUGAAUAUUGUAUUUGGACUGGAUUCUCUUGCAGAAAUGCCACUUGUGCUGAUGCUCCAGAUUCUUCAUCAUAUGAUAGUGAUUCAGAAUGCUUUACUUACCCGACACCAAGUGAAAAAUGUACAGUCAUCUACAAAGUUGGAGGUUAAGGAUGUGUAAAAAAAUAGGCAAAUUGUUCAGAUUAUAAGACAUAAACCUAGUGCCAUAAAACUAUCACAAAUUUAACAGUUGAUGAUGAUUGUAAAUGGGUUAUUGAUAAAUGUUAUGAAUUAUCCAUUUUCACUUUUGGAACAUGCAGAUAAUUCAAGGGCACUUAGAGAAUGUGUCAAGAAUAUAAAGAUGGAUGUACAAAUAUAUCUAGUGCAGAAUCUUCAGUUACUUGUACCUUAGAUUGUAAUUUAAAAAGAGGAUCAGGUUUAACAUUUGCAGAUUGUUAAGCAUUAGAUUAUACAUGUUCAGUCAAAAAAGAUGGCUCUGGUUGUAUUUAUAUAUAAUCUACUUGUUUUGGAUAUGAAUCAUCAAUAAUAAAUUGUUUUAGAUCUAGUGCAAGUGGAAAUGCAGGAUAUUGUGUUAUGAAUGAUUUUUCAUAAUGUCAAUCUGUGAAUUAGGCCUCAGAAUGUAGAUAUGUAACUGGAUUAAUUGAUAUGGAUCAUCGUAAAUGUUAAUUAUAUCACUUUGAUUGUACAGCUUUAAAUGAUGGAACUGGAUGUUAGGAGUAUAAGAGAGCUUGCUCCGAUUAUGAAACUGCAAACAAUUGUUCUAUUUCUGCAUAAGGCAAAUGUUUCUUUGAUGGUAUCUAUUGUGUACGUUUUUCAAAUUGUGCUUCAAUUAUUGGAAUAGGAUUAAAUAAUAUUAUUUGUUCAACUUAUCACCCAGGUUGUACUGCAAAUGCUAAUGGAACAGCUUGUUAAGAAAAAAUGCCUNUGAAAUUUCAAGAUUUGGAUACCCAACCUGUCUGUGGGUCUCAUUCACUGAAUAGUGUGUUGAAAAAUCUUGUGCAACAGCUAGUAAUUUGGAAACAGCUGGAGCACUAUAAGGAGAAUUUACUUUUUCUGGUUGCCAAGCCUAUCUAAAUACUUGUAUUUCAAAUAAUUCUGCUGAUGGAUGUAUAGUUAAGCCAUCUAGUUGUUCAUCAUUAGUUUAAUCUAAUUGUUAUAUUGGAUCUAAAGUAGGUGGAGAUUGUUAUUGGAAUGGCAAUAGUUGUGUUGAUAGAAUUUGUUCAAAUAUUAUCCAAACCACACAUGCUAAUUGUAAUGCUGUAUAUUAUCCAUGCACAGUUAAUAAUUUAGGAACUGCUUGUUAAUCACUAGCAACUAACUGUACAUCUUAUUUAAGCUAAGAAAAUUGUAAAAUAACAGAAAAAUAUGAAUAUUGUAUUUGGACUGGAUUCUCUUGCAGAAAUGCCACUUGUGCUGAUGCUCCAGAUUCUUCAUCAUAUGAUAGUGAUUCAGAAUGCUUUACUUACCCGACACCAAGUGAAAAAUGUACAGUCAUCUACAAAGUUGGAGGUUAAGGAUGUGUAAAAAAAUAGGCAAAUUGUUCAGAUUAUAAGACAUAAACCUAGUGCCAUAAAACUAUCACAAAUUUAACAGUUGAUGAUGAUUGUAAAUGGGUUAUUGAUAAAUGUUAUGAAUUAUCCAUUUUCACUUUUGGAACAUGCAGAUAAUUCAAGGGCACUUAGAGAAUGUGUCAAGAAUAUAAAGAUGGAUGUACAAAUAUAUCUAGUGCAGAAUCUUCAGUUACUUGUACCUUAGAUUGUAAUUUAAAAAGAGGAUCAGGUUUAACAUUUGCAGAUUGUUAAGCAUUAGAUUAUACAUGUUCAGUCAAAAAAGAUGGCUCUGGUUGUAUUUAUAUAUAAUCUACUUGUUUUGGAUAUGAAUCAUCAAUAAUAAAUUGUUUUAGAUCUAGUGCAAGUGGAAAUGCAGGAUAUUGUGUUAUGAAUGAUUUUUCAUAAUGUCAAUCUGUGAAUUAGGCCUCAGAAUGUAGAUAUGUAACUGGAUUAAUUGAUAUGGAUCAUCGUAAAUGUUAAUUAUAUCACUUUGAUUGUACAGCUUUAAAUGAUGGAACUGGAUGUUAGGAGUAUAAGACAACUUGCUCCGAUUAUGAAACUGCAAACAAUUGUUCUAUUUCUGCAUAAGGCAAAUGUUUCUUUGAUGGUAUCUAUUGUGUACGUUUUUCAAAUUGUGCUUCAAUUAUUGGAAUAGGAUUAAAUAAUAUUAUUUGUUCAACUUAUCACCCAGGUUGUACUGCAAAUGCUAAUGGAACAGCUUGUUAAGAAAAAAUGCCAAUUUGCGAUCUAUAUUUUACACAAAAUUCCUGUACUAUAUCAUAAGCUGUAGCAACAGCAAAUAAAUGUGUUUGGACUGGAACUUAAUGUAUUUCAGUUACCAUUAGUGCUAUUUAAUGUGCAUAUAUUACUGGAUCUAAACUUACAGAUACAAUUUGUACCUCAUAUCAUCCUGAUUGUACAGCAAAUAGAUAAGAAACAGCAUGCCAAGAAAAGCGAGUAACAUGCACUGAUUAUGCAGCCAUUGAAGCAGCCUGUUCAGUAUCAAUAGCCAAAAAAUGUGUUUGGACUGGAACGUAUUGUAUUUCAGUUACUACUGUUGCUAUAGAUUGUGCUUAUAUUACUGGAUAUGAACUUACAGAUGAAAUAUGUGCCUCAUAUAAUCCAGGUUGUACAGUAAAUAGGUAUGGUACAGCAUGCCAAGAAAAGCUAGCAACAUGCGAUCUAUAUAUCGUAAAUGAAGCAGCCUGUUCAAUAUCAAUAGCCAAAAAAUGUAUUUGGGCUGGAACGUAUUGUAUUUCAGUUACUACUUCUGCUACAGAUUGUGCUUAUAUUACUGGAUAUGAACUUUCAGAUGAAAUAUGUGCCUCAUAUAAUCCAGGUUGUACAGUAAAUAGGUAUGGUACAGCAUGCCAAGAAAAGCUAGCAACAUGCAAUGAUUAUGCAGCAAAUUAUGUAGCCUGUACAAUAUCAGCAGCUGCAUCAACAGCCAAUAAAUGUGUUUGGACUGGAACUUAAUGUAUUUCAGUUAUUACCACUGCUGUAGAGUGUGCGUAUAUUACUGGAUAUGAACUCACAGGUGCAAUAUGUGCCUCAUAUAAUGUAGGCUGUAUUAAUGUAAAGGAUGGUAGUGGUUGUUAAGAAGCCAAACCUAAUUGCAAGGAUUAUAUAACAUAUAAUAGUUGUUCCACUUAAAAGAAUGGUUUUCUUUCAUGUCUUUGGAUGGAUAACUCUUGUUAUCCAUUGACAAGCGUGAAUUGUAGUGCAAUAAUAGGGGUUGGUCUUGAUCAUGCUCAAUGUAAAGCUUACAAUCCAGGUUGUAUAGCAAUUUCAGAUGGAACAAAAUGCUAAGACUACAAAUAAACUUGCGAAGAAUAUCCAGGUACACCUUUAGGAUGCAUAUAAAAUUAUGUAUUUAAAUGUUAUUUAUAUGGUUCAACUUGUAUCACGAUUAGAAAUGCUGCAUCUGAUUGUGCUAAAAUAACUGGAGCUCCAGAAACUUUAACUUAUGAAAUUUGCUAAUCAUAUCAUCCAAAAUGUAGUGUAAAUAGAACAAAGAGUGCUUGUGUCUAACAAUAAACUUUAUGUUCAGAAUAUACUCAUAUUCAAAAUUGUUAUAAAUCAGAGGCUGGUCUAUGUAUUGCAAGUACUAAUACUGAUACUGUUUGUGUUUCAGUAUUUACUGCAUCAAAUUGUGAUUCUAUUUAUUUAGGAAUAGGAAAUUACAGCAGCAGAAAUUGUAAUGAAAUGAAAGCUGGAUGUACAAAUAAUGGAACAAUUGGAUGUACAGCAAAAACUUGUGCAAAUGCUUCAGGUAUUGCAUUUAAUCAUGUAAAUUGUAAUAGCUGGCUCAAUACAUGCACUGUAAAUACAGAAAACAGUGCAUGUCGAACUAUGGCAGUAAAAUGCUCAGAUUAAUCUUAAUUUUCUUGCCUUUAAGCCUUUGAAGGAGAAUGCUCAGUAUUAGGAACAUCAUGUAUUAGAAAGACUUGUGAUAAUGCAGCAAUUGAUGUUACUCUGGAUGAUGACAAUGAAUGUUCGUCCUACUUGUAGUCUUGUACUGUUGCUAGAUUAGGAGGUUGCCAAGCCAGAGUGGCUUGUUCUUCUUAUAUAUCUUCCCUCCAAUGUAAAUUUAAUACAAGUGGUGGAAAAUGUUUCUGGAAUCCUACUUAAAAGUCUUGUGUUGAUUUGAAUUGUGGCAACAUAGAAGCCUCAACUUUAUACGAUACUCAUAAUGAAUGUGUUGUUGUUGAUGAAAUACUUGCCUGUACAGUAAGAGCUAGGGAUGGAGUUUCCAUUUAAGGGUGUAUGGCUAGAGGAGCAUGCAGUUCAUAUACUAUCGAAGAACAAUGUAAAACAAAUUCAAAUAAUGGUAUUUGUGUUUGGAAUACAAAUGCUAAUUUAUUAGCACCUGUUUGCUAAGAUAAGUCUUGUACCACUGCUCCAACAUCCACUAAAACUCAUUAUGAUUGUUAUGCUUAUUAUGAAACUGCAACAGUAAAGUGUACUGUUUUUGCCACUCCAAGUAAUAGUGGUGGUAAUCCAAUUUUAGGAGGAUGUUAAUAGACUACUGAUUGUUCAAAUUAUAUUGAUAUAGAAUAGUGUUAAAUCAACGCUAAUGGAGAUCCAUGCGUAUGGAAUGGAACAUCAUGUGCUGACAAAUCUUGUGCUACUGCUCCUAUAGAUUAUGAUGAUGAUACUAAAUGUAGAACUUACAUUACUAAUAAAUGUACAGUCUCAGAUUCUGGAUAAGGAUGUGUAGAUAUUCCUGUAACUUGUGAGACAAUGAAAUAGAAUUAAUGUUAUUAUAAUAAAGCUGGAGAUCCUUGCUAUUGGACAGGAAUAGAAUGUAUUAAAAGAUCAUGUGAAAAUGCUCCAGAUACUACAUUAACUGCAGAUGAUUGUAAUACAUAUUUAACUGGAUGUACUUUGGAUAAUAUAAAAUGUAAGACAAAAAUUUGUGAAGAUUUUGAAUUUGCUACAGAUUAUUUAUGUAAAUAAUCUAUUUCUACAUGCACAACAAAUGGAAAGAAUUGUGUUACAAGAGGAUCAUGUUUAUAGGCUUAAGAUAAAGCUGGAUGUAUCCUUUCAUCAACAGGGGAAUAAUGUGAAUGGAUUCCUGAUGAUGACAUUAAUUCAGCAUAUUGUACUAUAAAGACUUGUUCAACAGCAUCAGAUUCUUUGAUAACAGAAGAAUAAUGUUAAUAAUAUUUUCGUAAUUGUACAACCAAAAAAGGUGGAGGAUGUGUUAAAAAAUCAAUUUGUGCUAAUGCUAAUGUUGAAAGUGCUUGCACAACUGCAUUUAAUGGUUAGAUAUGUGUAUGGGAUUCCAUUAAAUAAUUAUGUAGAGAUUACGAUUGUUAAGAUAUAGAUGGAACACUACAUGAUGCAUGUCAAUCAAGAAAAAGUGAUUGUACUGCAGGAAUUAAUGGAAAAUGUGCAAAAAUCUAAAAUUGUGAAUAAACUAAUGUUAGAGCUGCUUGUAUUGUAGGAUUGAAUGGACCAUGUUUAUGGAUAGAUCAAUAUCUAAAUUAAGAUGGUUCUAAAGGGGCUUGUUUCUAAUAUACUUCUUGUUAAAGUUUAAGUUGGAAAACUGAUUAAUAAUGUAAAUAAAUAAAUGAUCAAUGUACAACUGAUGGAUCAAAGUGUGUAGCAAUUACUUUAUGUUCAGAAACCAAUAUUAAUGGAGGUUGUGUCACAGGAUAUGAUGGAUUUUGUGUAUAAUCAGUACUAGAACUAAAUUCUCUAGAGCCAGCAGUUUGUUAACCAUAUCAAUCUUGUGAGAAAGUUUUCUACAUAACUCAUGAAUAAUGUUAAUAAGCUAAUGGGAAUUGUACUACAAAUGGAAAAACUGGUUGCAUAGAUUUAACUGAAUGUUCAUCAUAUUAAUCUUAACUUGGAUGUGUUAUAAAUAAAACUGGUCUUAUUGUUUAAGCUGGAAUUGUAAAGUCAACUGGACUAUGUACUUGGGAUGCAAAAAAUAAUUAGUGUAGAGAUUAAGAUUGUUCUGUUUAUAUUAGAACCACCCAUCGAGAAUGCUUUGAAAUAUUAUCAACCUGUACUUCAAAUGGAGAAACUUGUAUCUAAAAAGAAAAAUGCACAUCUUACACCACCUAAGUUGCUUGUGAAACUGCUGUUGGCUCUGAUGGUAUUUGCUUUUGGGAAUAUGCAUCAUUAAAAAAUAAUAAUAAUGCCAAAUGUAGAUUACUUAUUUGUCAAGAUAUUUAAAACAGUUUAUCAAAUAAUGUGUGUUUAGCUUCUUCGCUUUCUUGUGUCAUAGACAAUAAUAAUAUUUGUAUUCCCAAAGCAAAUUGUUCUACUUAUACUUCUAAAUCAGCUUGUAAUUAUGGAGGAUUAGAUGGAAUUUGUGUUUUCAAAUAAUAAACUGGUAUAAAUUCUAUUUCUGGAAUUGGAACAUGUACUUUAAUGACAGAUUGUAGUGCAGCCAAUGAUGAUUAGAAUGCCUGUUAAGCAGCAAAAGAUAGAUGCUUAUGGAUACCAGAAUUGAUAAUAUAAGGUCUUGUUAGUCCAAGUAAAUGUUCUGCUCUCGAUUGUACUUUAAAUUGGGCAAAAAAUGGUUAUUGCAAUAGAAUUUUAAAUUGGGAUAAAAAAUCCUAGUAAAUGUGUAAACUUAUAAAUGGAACUUGUGUUUCCAUAAAUCCUAUUGAUCUUUCAUUUAAUGAGUGUUUAAAGAUUUCUGGUUAUACAUACACUUGGAAUGCUUCUAAAAAUUAAUGUUAAAUUUGUAAAUCUUCAGAGUCAAACAUUAAUCAAAAUAAUGUUACAGUCAUAUAACAAAAGAAUGAAAAGACAGAAUCAACAUCUUCUAACUAAAUUUUAAGUAUAAUAGGAAUAAUGGUAAUAGAUUAUCUAAUAUGA